AUGACCGACAACACCCCCGAUUUCAACGAAAAGGUCGUCACUCCUCGAAUGGCAACGGCAUAUCUCGACCAACCUUCGCACAUCUUCAAGUUGCCCAAAGAAGUUCCAGCUGUCAAGAUGGCUCAGCUUCAAUCCCGUGCCAAGCAGCUCACGAUCAACCGAACCACCGCCCCCAACAUGUUCUCCAACAUCGAUUCAAGACCUGAUUCCCUCCGGGACUGGGACCCACAAAUGCUCAAAGAGGUUGAGAACCUCUUCAUCGAUGAUGUGGAAGGUGCCGAAACCCUCGCAACUUCUUUAGAUCGAUACUACCUACGCACACACCUCAAAGAUGGCCCAGAGGUAUGCGAUCAUUCCCCAACCCAAAUCCUCAAGAAUGUCCAGACCAUCUCCUUCGGAUCACCAUUAAUUGAUUCACUUAUCGUCUUGGAGUCCGACAAUGUCGAGCUUCUCAAGAUACAUAAGAUCCUGGAGACUCUGGGAUGUAUGCUUAGACCAGCGCAUAUCUGCUUAUCAAAGCCUUCGAUCGACCCCGAGAAGCUUGAGGAUGAUUUUUCUCUCUGGGAUAUCGAACUUACCGAUAGGAUGUCGGCCAUCCUGAGUACUCCGUCUAUCAAAUCCUAUACCGCUCAUGAUUUCCUCUUAUAUGACCGCUUUUACUGCCAGAAUCUCCCUACCUCACUCCAAACUAUCAACACCAUAUUCUCCGACUGUCCCUUGACAAAAUGUGAUAAUGAAUAUUGCUAUUGCUACGCAAAUCUUAGAGACGCACUCGACUAUAUCAUGGUGAUGGAUCAAGGCGAGGUCGAUGAACCUUUAAGGGAGAAGCGACUCAAUUUAAUCAAUCUUCCCCACGUAUCAUCCCGCAUGCUCAAUUGUUGGACAUGA